CGGAGUAUUAAGAGAGUAAUUAUGCUUUUGUCUUCCUCGUUCACCCUGAGGAAGUAUAUUUUCGUGAGACGGUCACGGAAUAUAGACGUCAUAUUUCCCAUGAGCACUCGCGCUGUUCAACAACACAGAACAACAUGGCGAGGGUCCUAGCCUUUCUGAAGAAUGCGUGGGCUAAAGAGCCUAUUUUCACGAUCGCCGGUGGAAUGGUAGUUGCCGGUAUCAUUUUGCCGCUGAUAAGCCCCCUCACAAAGUACUCAAAUAAAAUCAACGAGAGCAUGCCGUACAACUACCCAGUUCCAGUGCGAGACAAUGGAAGUAUGCCCGACAUUCCUUCUCAUCCAAGUGAACCGAAGGGAAGAAGCCUGGAGUGGUUAAAAAAUAUGUAACUUUGGUCCGAACCAAUGUAAAUAAUUCUCCACUUUCUCAUAUCUGUCCACAACACUGAUCAGCCCAACAAUGUUCCAGAAUAAAGACUAUUUAACUCUCA